UUUUAUAUGUCUUCUCACGCUUUCAUCCACUUGAUCUUCAUGAAAGUUUGAUUUGUGGAAUACAAGCACUGCACAGUUGAACUAGCAUUUGUGCCUGUAUCUGAAACCAUUUGCACAGUCUCAUGAUUUGAUGGUUUCAGACCAUUUUCUAUCAUCUCUGUAAACUUUCAUCUUCUCGUGCUUUUAUAUCCAUUUGAUCUUCAUGAAAGUUUGAUUUUUUUUCUGGACUAAACCAGGAAAUAAAGGCACUGCACAGUCCUACUAGCAUUUGUGCCUGUACGGAUAACUUUCCAAGUUUCUAACCUAUCCUGCAUCUGAAGAUUGAAACCAUUUGUUAUUAUUUCUCAUGGUCUUGGUGGUUUGAAGCCAUUUGGUUUUAUUUCCUCUCACGCAUAUGACACCUUUAUUUGGUUUUGUAUCAUGGAUGAACUUUGGUAUCUAAAGCAUGAUUAUUAUGAUUCGCAAUACAUGUUUUUUUUUCUGGUAGGUUGAAUUUAGAAGCACUAAACUGGACCAAUGGGGCGUGGAAAAGUAGAGCUGAAGAAGAUUGAGAAUCCAACGAACCGACAAGUGACCUUCUCCAAGAGGAGGAUGGGGCUGUUGAAGAAGGCAAACGAGCUAGCUAUUCUUUGUGAUGCACAAAUUGGAGUCAUCAUAUUCUCUGGCAGUGGCAGGAUGUAUGAGUACUCAAGCCCCCCAUGGAGGAUAGCAAACAUCUUUGACAGAUACCUGAAAGCCCCUAGCACCCGUUUUGAGGAGAUGGACAUCCAGCAGAAAAUCAUCCAGGAGAUGACAAGGAUGAAGGAUGAGAGGAACAGGCUCAGGAUCAUCAUGGGACACUGCAUGGGGGAGGACCUGGCCUCGUUCUCUGUGGAAGAUCUGAGUAACCUUGAACAGCAGAUGGAGUUCUCGCUGUACAAAGUUCGCCUCAGGAAGCAAGAGCUACUUGAUCAGCAGCUGCUGGAGAUGCGCCACAGGGAGAUGCACAUGUCAGAAGAACAGAGCGGCUACUUGUGCCUGAUGGACCCGGCCGCGAGGGGGCAGAGCCAGGCGGCCGAGAUGGCGGCCAACCCGAGGCCGUUCCCGUGGUGGGACGUUGGGGCCAGUGCCAGUGCCAGCGGCAGCCAGCGGCCGCACGGCCGGGACGCCGAGCCGUCGGUGACGGCGCUGCAGCUGUCGCCGCGGCUGCACGGGUACAGGCUCCAGCCGCGGCAGCCCAACUUGCAGGACGCCAGCCUCCAUGGCUGGCUCUGAUUGCUUGGGCAGCUGGACCUGAACGAGGACGCUGAACUUACUCCUCUGCUUGUGACCUGCUCUGGUAGAGCUUCUUGAAGUCUUCUUCCACAGCUUCAGUCUAUGACUUGUACUUACCCAGUUACCCUUCACUUGUGCUGUGUGAUGACAUCGCUCCUUAGAUGUGUUUGGACGUCGUGAGAACAAAGUAGAAUAUUGUACUGUAUCAUGAUUAGAACGAGCAGGCUCCAGGGCUUGGCCUGCGUUUGCCA